AUGCACCCGUUCACAGCUGACUGUACCAUAAUUUUUUGCCUGUCUGUUAAGAAAUUCCGCGGAAAAGGCAAGAGUGCACACGACCUUGUCAACGAUCCGCGUCUCUCUUCUGAGCCUGUUACCGUCUCCGCAAUGGAUGAUGCCGCUUCGCUGUCGGCCUCCAACGAUCUGCUCAGAGAGGCCGAGGAAAGACGACGACGCAGGGAAGACGCUGCUAACCUUGAAACAGCUGAGGAACGAGAAGCCCGCGCCCAACGCCUGUAUGCAGUGGAGGCAGCUAUUAAGGAAAGCAAGCCACUGGUCUCGGACCUGGGUGACUUUAAAGAUGAGGUGGCCACCUACCGGUCAAAAACGAAACAGCUGAGGGCGCGAAAGGAUCGUGAAGCGGAGACAAUGAACCUUCUCAGUCGUUUCGAGUCGCGUCUUCUCAGUGAGAUCCAGGCAAAGGAGGCUACCGAUUCGGAGAAAAAGGCGGCGGAGGAGGAGUCAGCGAAGGCUGCUGCUAAAGAUGAGGCCGUCUGGUGA